ACCGGACCCAACCCGACACACGCGCGCGUCCGUCCGUCCGGUUAUGUCGUGUGGCCGCGUAGGAACGAACUGCUAUGGCCGAAGAUUUGGCUGAUCAAAUUGACGACUAUAUCUGUGUAUUUGAAGGAGCCGGUGAUCUAACGAUGGAUACGUUCGUAAUGUUACUGUUCGCGCUGAUCGUGGUAGUGAUUUCGCUCGUGUUUGCGACCAAACUGAUCUACGACAAGUACGUGCUGCGCAAGGGCGCUACGGCUAGUGGGACCGCCGAUGGUGGCACCGCUACCAUCCCGGCCGGUACGGCGGCCGUCGGUGGUGUGUCGCCGGUGGUCGCUGCGACCGGUGUGGCCGCGGGAACGCGCGUCUCCGAACCGAAGGAGGUGCUCACCAAAAAGGAUGCCAUUCUGUCACAAGUUCGCAAUGGUGGCAGUGGUGGCCUAGGCGGUGGAGCAAGAACUGGUGGUGGAUUCGGCGGUGGCGGCGGUGGUGGUAUGGGUGUUGCCAGCGGUCCCACGAUCGCUCGCAAACGUAUCUCUCGCAUGAGUCCCGGUCCCGAGCUGACUCAGAAGAAGCGUCCGGUGAUACCACCAUCGAACAUCAAUGGAACAGAUCCGCAAAUCACCCAAUGGGCUAUCCAUCUGUUCCGUUGGUUGUAUUCCGAUCUGGUGGUAGUGAACAAGCUGCUGCAGGACUGGGUAUCCUCAGUCAACACGGCACUACUCACGCACGUCGAGCAGCAUGAAAUGAUUGUCGAAAUUGUGCGCGUUUUGCCGGAAAGUUUGCCCCCGAAUUUGUCGAGCAUUCUGUGUGAACCGACGGAUCAAUCGAACGAAGUCGAGCUACUGUUUGACGUCGAUACGACGCCAGUUUUGCAGAUCAAAGCGUUCAAGUCGAGCAACCAAAAGACGGAAGUGUCCCACUACAAGGCUACGGUGUCGCGGUUAAAGUCCCGGGUUAGCGUUAUUGUCAACUACUUCGCACUCAAGGGAGAAAUGAAACUCGAAGGGUAUCCUGAUAUCAAAAUUCAUCUUAAUAGCAUUGGACCACUGAAAACUGCGAACGCACAGGACGAAAAGAAGCAGAUCGAUCUCAUUACGGAGCUACUGAUCGGUUCGAUCCGCGAUGUGGUGUAUCCGGUUGAUUUCUCCAUCUACUCCACCUGUCCGAGAAUAAUGGGCGAAGAGUCGGAGGAGGUCACAUCUGACUAUGGAUAUGGGGGCUACAGUGAUGGAUAUCGCGCUUAUCAGGACGACGCAUACGGUUCCGGUCUAUCGGCAUCGCCAAGAAAAUUACUAGUCAAAGUACUUAAAGCAGAAGGACUGCUGAAGUGCUCUCAACCUUUCUGUGUGAUCGAAAUGGACGAACCCGCCCAGAAGCAUCAAUCCGCUUCCAAGCAAGGCCAGAAUCCUUUCUGGGAUGAAACCUUCCUGUUUGAUCUGUCGAACCAUUCGACCGAACUUCUGUUCGAGGUGUACGAUACUGUAGCAGUAGCUGGUGGCCAAAAGUUCCUUGGACUGGGUUUGGUAGGCAUCGACGAGCUGGCCAACGGUCCCGCCACCACACAGAUUCUCGAGCUGCAGCCCCGACCAUACGAAACGGAAACCAUUACCGGUUCCUUAACGGUUGAGUUUGUUUUCAUCGAUUCGCCACCGGUUCCUGCAGCCCGGCGCCAGUACACGCAGCAAUCCUUCCACGCGAACGGAAUGUCCAACUUUGCCCGAGAUGCCAUCACGAGCACACCCGGUCCGGGAAGUCCGAACGGUACGGCAAGCACCACUGGUACGACUGGUUCGCCAAUGUCACCAUCCUCACCGUCCAAACUGCUGUCGAACAAAGCGCAAACGAUGGCAGAACGCAACCAACGGUUCCAGGCGGCGGAAGCUAACCGAAUGAACAACUCGUUCCUAAAACCAACGGCAGUGGGACAGCUUAACACUCUUAACGGUGGCAAAUCUGAAUCUACGCCAGCCUCGCCCGCUCUCUCCUCCGCCUCAGCCACCUCACAAUCCAUGACCGCCAGCCUAAGCAACAGUGCACCGAUCAGCGUCAACUCGGUGCCACCGGUGAAGAAACCGCGCAACAUCUUCGGCACACUACGCAGCAAGCUAACACCGUCCAAGAAGUCCAAAUCGCUGGACGUGCCGCAAUACAGUCCAACCGCAACAGGAGGUAACGUGCGCAGCGCAUCGUCAACGCUCAGUCGAGGAUCAUCGCUCGAUCAAAGAUCGAACAUCUUCCGCAACUUAUCGCGCAAAUCAUCCAUCUCGGAAUCAUCCGCCAUAUCGGGACUAUCGACGGGCAGUGGGCGAACGUACGUACACGAGGAGUCGACGCUGUUGCUCGAAACGACGGAGAAUAAUGUGGUACGCCACUAUCUUGUGCCGCUGGAGGUGGCUACGAAGCAGAAGAACUGGAAGCGUAAAGGGACCAAACUUCACAUCUACAAUGAUCACACGUUCGUUGCGAAACACAUCCCAGGUGGCAUCCUGUGCUUUGUCUGCAAUCGCAGCAUACCGAGACGCCCCGGAAAGCAAGGCUACGAAUGCCGGGACUGUGCCAUCCAGUGCCACAAGCCGUGCCACGUGCGUGCUCCCCAAGCCUGCCCGAAUCCGAAAAUAUUGUCCAUGCAGCUGUCUACACUACCCGUGCUUAGAGAUUAG